AUGGCUUCUCCGGGAGACGACCAUGGCACCGAUAGCCAGGAACAGUCCUCGUCUGCAGCAUCGAGCCUCAGGCGGUUUGCUCCCAUUACGAGAACUGAAAGUGAACGGGCCGAGGAGCCCGCACGAAGCCGGAGCGGGAACACCUAUGGCUCCAUCGGUCCAUCCGGCACUUCUUACACCGAAUCCGCGUCCUACGACCCCUCGAGGUCCCCAAUGAUAGAACCUCUCUCGGAAAGGACGCCCAAGAAACCAGGGAUCCUUCGUCGUGUUUCCUCCAAACCUCACAGGGGCCAGGAGUUCUCCGUCGACGACGACGUUACUGAGAUCGAGGUGGACAAGGCCCUGCGGCAGCCAGGCGUCUCGGGCCGCUCCACAGCCCGACAACACUCUACGUUACGGCGGCGGGGUGUCAUACCGGCGACAAUUCUUCAGCGGGUUGACUCGGGGGAUGAGCUUGUAGAUGCUUCAGGAGCUGGUGACAGCUAUAUAUUGGAUAACGAGGAAGACGGAGACGACGAUGACAAUGAGGCUGCUGGUGAAGCUGGUGUCGACGACGACGACGACGAUGAUGUGCGCAGCGAUGCUGAAAGCUUCACGCUCAAGGACAGGCAGCAGGCUAUCAACGAAACUCACCCGUUCGGUAUCAGGAUCUGGAAGCCAGCCUUGUACAAGAAGCUGCGUUCCGUCGAAAAGACCGCAGAGGGAGACAUCCAUUCGGCGCCCGGACAGCGUGUCAGUCCCUGGCUCUUCCUGGCUAAUAUUCUAUGGACAGUGCUCUUCGGGUGGUGGCUCGCAUUGGCCGCUCUCAUUGGUGCUAUAGCCUGCUUUGCCAUUAGCGUCUCGCCCGACUCCUCUGCGUACGGCAGAGUGUUUUGGGGCCUGUCCCGCUAUCUGCUCUAUCCGUUUGGCUCCAUGGUCCGCCUCAAGCCUGACGAGAACUAUGCAGAGGAAGACGAAGGUGAAGGGAGGAGCAUCAGUGAAUAUGAGCAGUGGCAGAGCGGAGAUAUCGAGCGCGGUGGUCUCUUUUUCGGCCCAGUCGCAAACGCCCGCUCCUUGGUUGGCCGACGAAGGAACAGCAUGGACUCUGCCAGCGAGCGGGACAGCCUACUCGGUAGAACCGGGAGACACCACACCGACGAUAGCGAGGCAUCUAGGACCAAACGACGCCUUUUCGGACGGGGCGAGUGGACUAUUGGUCGAGUGAUGUUUUAUGCGUUCUUCUACCUUCUGGUCGGGCCGCUCCUCCUUUCAGUCUCUCUCAUCUGUUGGAUCCUCGUCUUCUGGAUACCGAUGGGUCGUGUUACUCUCAUUCUAUUUCACCACGUUCGUCGACAUCCUCUUGCUCUGUCCUUCCACUCUGACAGCACAUAUACCAGACUGCAAUCUGGCCCUUCUUCGUCGAUUCUCCUGUGUACUUACCGCGCCGUUGGCUUGAAAUACUGGAAAUACACCAUCGACGGAACGAACAUCUUCUUCAUAAACUUGCUGGUAGUCGUCAUAUUCGUCAUAUUUGACUUCCAUAUCUUGCGCAAUAUCUUCCUCAUCGAAAACGGUCUCACCCAUCCCGGCCUAAUAUUUGUGUUGGCUCUAAUUGCUGUAAUACCCCUUGCUUACUUUAUCGGGCAAGCCGUUGCCUCCAUCUCCGCCCAGUCCUCUAUGGGUCUGGGUGCUGCUAUCAAUGCGUUUUUCUCGACCUUGGUGGAGGUCUACCUCUAUUGCAUUGCCCUUACCGAAGGCAAGGCCCAGCUUGUCGAAGGUAGUGUCAUUGGUAGUAUAUUCGCGGGUAUCCUGUUUCUCCCAGGGAUAUCCAUGUGCUUUGGUGCAAUCAUCCGCAAGACUCAGCGUUUUAACGUAAAAUCAGCGGGCGUGACAUCAACAAUGCUAUUGUUUGCGGUCAUUGCUGCCUUCGGUCCAACCCUCUUUUACCAAAUCUACGGCAGGCACGAGUUGAAUUGCCAUGCUUGCAGCCAUAUCAGGGUGUCCGGUGGUAGGGAUUGUCGUCGCUGCUAUUUCUCCCAGGUCCCUGCUGCCGACGAUGCGUUCUUUAUGAAGGCAGUACAGCCGUACUCUUACUUCGCUGCUGUGCUAUUGUUCCUAUCAUAUAUCAUUGGUCUUUGGUUUACCCUUAGGACCCACGCGGCGAUUAUCUGGUCGACCGAUAUUGAUGAGAAGAAGCCACAUCCAGACACUCAUAGGCCGACUCUUCACCCACACUCCGACCAGGCACACGGCAACCCUAGUCUUAAAGGCUCCAUCCGAGAAUCCCAGCUAUACGCCCGAAUCCUUGGGCAGUCUCUGAAACAUGUCGGCUUGACGCCUAACUCCGACCCAUCCCAAACAGCGCAUAGCCCUAACGAGAGCUCAACGGUUCAUGUCGUUCCCCCCAAAGACAAGAAUAAAUGCCAGGGCCCCUACAAAAUGACAAUUCCCUCUCUGACUCCCGAAGAAAACGAACAGCUAGUGCGCCAGGUAACAGAAGUUGCGGCGACUGCAGCUACCUUUGCUGCCCGUGACGCGGCCGGCCCAAGACAUAUUGCGGGCACACCAGGCAGCAAAACUCCUGCAGGGGCGACUGGAACUCCCGGGCAUCCAGAAGAAGCCGGAAUAUUCACAGAGCCUCAAGCUGAAUCACAUGGCCAUGAUGCACCCAACUGGGGUAAGACGAAAAGUUUUGUAAUCCUCCUCGUUGCCACUUUGCUAUAUGCAGUGAUUGCCGAGAUAUUGGUGAAGACGGUUGAUGUCGUUUUGGAGAGUUACGAUAUUGAUGAGAAAUUUUUGGGAAUUACACUAUUUUCUCUGGUACCCAAUACCACGGAAUUUUUGAAUGCGAUAUCCUUUGCUAUGAAUGGUAAUAUCGCGCUAUCUAUGGAGAUCGGCUCUGCAUAUGCCCUUCAAGUCUGUCUUCUGCAGAUACCAGCCCUUGUUCUUUUUAGCGCCAUCCACACCUCCGUCUUCAACCCCUCUGACCUACUCGGGCAUUCAUUCAAUCUAAUAUUCCCCCAAUGGGAUAUGGUAACCGUUAUCCUCUGCGUGUUCCUUCUAUCGUACGUCUAUGGAGAAGGGAAGAGCAACUACUUCAAAGGCUCAAUCCUGUUGCUCACGUAUAUUUUCGUUAUCAUGGGCUUCUACUUGUCAAGCUUGAGUACGAUGGGUAUCGAUUUCGGUCAACAUGAUGGUCUCUCACUCGGUGUGACAAGGAACGACGACGGAUCGUUCCGCACCAGCGGUUGA